AUGGCCGCGAUGAACGCAUCGACACCCUCCUUGGCGAGGGAGGCGAGGUCCGGUCUGGGACACGGAGGAACGACUGUAAACGUGCCUUCAGGCCAGAAGAAGAUCGUGGACAGUUCCUCGUCGGAGCAGCUCGCGAUCUGUCUUGCUCGGUUGGCUUCAUCCACGGUCGAAGUUGAUCGGUCGUCGGGCGUGGUGUGGAAGGACUGCGGACCACAACCCUGCCUGCCCGAUGCGGUACUGAAGCUCGACCGUGCGCUCUUUGCUUGGCUCAGAAGGCUCUUCGUUGCCACUGGCGGUAAAGGGGACAGUAUCAUCCACGUACCAGAUGGACUCGGCGAACUUCGGAUUCGGCGUCCAACAGGUCCCACACACCGUGUAGCUCAAUCCUGUGCCGGUGUCGGCGGGCCCCUCUCGCCAGCUACCACCGACACAUCAGGGCUGGCCGUUGCCAGAUCUACCGCGAAGGCACACUCACCGACUGGCACAAGUUCGUCUGCCACCGUGCCACGGCUGCCCGACUCUCCUUGGGGUGCUAGGUGCGACGGUGGAAUUAUCUCAUUCGCGGCUAUCUUCAUGCACGCUGGGGAAGGGUCAAAGGAGGCGCUGAGGGGUACGCGGAGGAGGUACCUUGAGUGUACUGCGCUGGACGUCGAGCUGCUACUGUUCUUCCUGAUGAUGAACGCCGCUCCUCAGGCCGAUGGCGAGGCGGCCGCGGAUCCUCCAGCCGACAAGGACGAGGACGGCCUGACCAACGAGGCCGCGGAUGCUCCAGUCGGCCCAGCCGCGAACGCUCCAGCCGACGAGGACCCGAGCUGCAGCCGCGAAAGCUUUCACACCGCAUCACGCAGUAUCAGGGCCAUCCCCGAGCACUCGGCCCAGUCUGGCUCUGGGGACGGACUCGAGGUGUUGGCGUAG